UCGGAUUAACCGAACCCUCGCGCGCGAAGGCUCGGAUUACCAGUCAAACACUAUCCGGAUUCCACCAUGGGAUCUGGAGCCGAAAUCCCACGGCCGGUCCCUUGCCCCUCACGAAUCCUCCUCACAUAAAUCCCGGCCGCCGAUCACCCCCUCCUAAACCCCGAGGAGAAGCCCCACCCGGCCCGCCGCGCUCCGCCUUCUCGCGCCAUCCGGACAACCGCCGGUGAGCCCGGCGGCCGCCCCCCGAUCCGCGCCAUGGAGAAGCCGCUGGAUGCGAAGGAGUUGGAGCGGAAAUUGAAGAACGAUCAAAAGGCGAGAGAGGAGGAGGAGAAGAAGAUCAAAGCAAAACAGAAGGAAGCGGCUAGGCUCCAGGCACAAGCAGUAUCUGAUGGAGGCGGAGCUAAGAAGAGUGAUAAGAAGCUGAGAAAGAAAGGGGCUACGGAUGAGAGCCCUGAGGAUUUCAUUGAUCCGGAGACUCCUGCUGGACAGAAAAAACUGCUGGCGUCUCAAAUGGCAAAACAAUAUAGCCCCGCUGCUGUUGAGAAAUCCUGGUAUGCUUGGUGGGAAUCAUCUCGGUAUUUUGAAGUAGAUGCAGCAAGCUCAAAGCCACCAUUUGUAAUAGUCCAACCACCCCCUAAUGUGACUGGGGUGCUUCACAUAGGCCAUGCGAUCACAGCAGCUAUUGAGGAUGCUAUAAUUCGCUGGCGGAGGAUGUCAGGCUACAAUGCUUUAUGGGUUCCUGGAAUGGACCAUGCUGGCAUAGCAACCCAGGUGGUGGUUGAGAAAAAACUAAUGCGUGAGAAGAAUCUAUCAAGGCAUGAUGUAGGACGUGAGAAAUUUUUAUGUGAGGUCCUCAAAUGGAAAGAGCAGCAUGGUGGCGCCAUUCUGAAACAACUUCGCAUACUUGGGGCCUCACUUGAUUGGUCACGCGAGUGUUUUACAAUGGAUGAGCUGAGAUCAAAAGCUGUGACUGAGGCUUUUGUUAGGCUGUAUAAGGAUGGUUUGAUUUAUAGAGCUCAUCGUCUUGUGAACUGGGAUUGCACACUUCGAACAGCAAUUUCUGAUAUUGAGGUUGACCAUGAGGAUCUUGCAGGGGAGACUCCAUUAGAGGUUCCUGGUUAUAAGUCUCCAGUGCAAUUUGGUGUUUUGAUAUCUUUCGCCUAUCCUCUAGAGGAAGGUUUAGGUGAAAUUAUUGUCGCAACAACACGGAUAGAAACAAUGCUUGGUGAUACUGCCAUAGCUGUUCAUCCGCAGGAUGGAAGAUAUAAGCACUUACAUGGAAAAUAUGCCCUACACCCUUGCAAUGGGCGGAAGCUAAAAAUAAUUUGUGCUGAGUUAGUGGAUCCUAAUUUUGGUACUGGCGCUGUCAAGAUUACACCAGCUCAUGAUCCCAAUGACUUCAAGGUUGGGGAAUGGCAUAACCUUGAGUUCAUUAAUAUUUUCACAGAUGAUGGGAAAAUAAAUGAAAUGGGAGGCUUUGAAGGGAUGCCACGUUUUUCUGCUCGAACUGCUGUUAUUGAUGCGUUGAAGAAUAAGGGUCUCUACCGCGGCACAAAAAGUAACGUGAUGAGCUUGAGUCUGUGUUCAAGGUCUAAAGAUGUCGUGGAGCCAAUGAUGAAGCCACAAUGGUUUGUUAGUUGUAACUCUAUGGAAAAAGGAGCUCUUGAUGCUGUAAAGUCCAAAAAAAUUGAGAUCAUUCCACCGCAAUAUGAGCAAGACUGGUAUAGAUGGCUUGAAAAUAUACGUGACUGGUGUAUUUCAAGGCAGCUUUGGUGGGGACACCGCAUACCUGCUUGGUAUGUGACAUUAGAAGAUGACAAAGAGAAAGACAUGGGUUCUUACAGUGACCACUGGAUUAUCGCAAGGGAUGAAAAUGAUGCAAUCCUGGAGGCAAAGCAGAGGUAUCCAGGGAAGAAAUAUCAGUUAUAUCAAGAUCCUGAUGUACGGGAUACAUGGUUUUCAUCUGGCCUCUUUCCAUUAAGCGUACUCGGUUGGCCAGAUGAUAAACCUGAUCUUAGUACAUUCUACCCUAGUUCUGUCCUUGAAACUGGAUCGGAUAUCCUCUUCUUUUGGGUAGCACGGAUGGUGAUGAUGGGAAUGCAACUUGGUGGGGAUGUGCCAUUUCAAAAGUCUGACAAGAUAAACCUGGAUAUCAAAAGAGUGCAUGGGUAUCGACAGUGGUGCAAUAAGCUGUGGAAUGCCAUUCGUUUUGCCAUGAACAAGCUUGGAGAUCAGUAUGUCCCACCAGCAACUAUUGCAGUGUGUUCUUUGCCACCUGUCUGCAAAUGGAUACUCUCAGUACUUAACAAGGCUGUUGACAAGACUGAGUCAUCACUAGAAGCGUAUAAAUUCUCUGAGGCUACCUCCUCUAUAUACUCAUGGUGGCAGUACCAGCUUUGUGAUGUAUAUAUUGAAGCAAUAAAACCUUAUUUCAAUGAAUCUCAAGAGUUUGAAUCUGCAAGAGGUGCCUCUAGAGACACACUAUGGGUAUGCUUGGACAUGGGUUUGCGCCUGCUCCAUCCAUUCAUGCCUUAUAUAACUGAGGAGCUUUGGUAGCGUCUUCCUCAACCAAAAGAAGCAUGUACGAAAGAUUCCAUUAUGAUAUCAGAAUACCCCACAGUUGUACAGAUAAGUUACUACUUUUAAGGACAAGCUUGAUAUUCCAGGAAUUUGAUGUUCUGAAUUCUGAUUUUAUUUAAUUUAUUUGUGAGACAAUAGUUAGGACCUGUUUAAUGAAAUACAAAUGAAGAAUAGGAUAUGGCAUCUGCCUCGAUUUGGGAGAUUGAGCAACUCUGCAUCCUGCAAUAGAUCUCAUGGGAAACCUUUUCUUUUGGUUGGCAGGAAUGGACAAAUGAUCAAAUCGAAAAUGAAAUGGAGAUUGUGUUAGAUACUGUGAACAAGCUAUGAUCACUUCGGCCAUCAACAGAUACGUAUGAAAGACGUCCUGCUUUUGUGCUUUGCCGAGGCUUGGAGACUGCUGCCACCAUACGCUCCUACCAUUCUUAUAUUACAACACUUGCUUCUGUAUCAUCUCUUAAGGCACAGGUAAGACAAAGCGUUCAUCCAAAUGGUGGUGUUCUACCAGAUCCUGGCCGAAGAUGACCCAACUCCUCUUGAUUGCACCACACAUAUCGUCAACAAGGAUCUAUCCGUGUACCUCCAGCUCCGGGGAGCCCUGGACACUAAAGCUGAGCGUGAGAAGCUAAGGAGAAAGAGGGAGGAGAUCCAAAGGCAACACGAUGCCCUGUCACAGAACAUGAAUGCUUCGGGAUACCGCGAGAAGGCCCCGCAGAGCAAGCAAGACGAGGAUACAAGGAAACUGGCUGCUUUGUUGGGCGAACUUGAGAUCGUGGAUGAGGCUGAGAGCAAGCUAGACGCCAACAACAGACGAAGUUAGACGCUUGACAAAUCAGCCUUCUCUUCUGAAGGAAGUAGAGGAAUAACUGACCAAGAUUUUGCAUCCGUUUGGACGGAUGGUAGGAUCUCACUACUCCAGGCUCAUGAAGUUUGCAGGAUAAAAAGAACGUACCUCCAAUCUGUAAAUAGUUUUCCUUAGGGUCCUGUAAAUAACCUUUGUUACGGUGUUGGUCAUUAUUUUGUCAUCUGACCUCUGCACCUAUCACUGUUUAUCAUCCGAUUUACGUACUUCUAGGCUA